AUGCCGCGCAUACCAACUUCAGUCUUGGGCAAGUAUCUGCUCAGCGGCCAAAUCUCACGACAAGGCUGUGUCGGUGCGCGACAGAUCACGAGGCAUUCGGCAUUACCUUCAGCAGCCGUUUCUGUCGCAAACUCAGCCAGGCUGUUGCACGUUUCUUCCGAAACCGUCCCACCACCUCCAGCACAGCCCGUGCCUCUGCGCAAACAGCUCAAGGAUGAGGCGAAGAAGGCAAAGAAGCAGGGCAAGAAGAAGUCAAAGGGUGACUCACAAACGGUGGAUGGAUGGGAACUGACUGUGGGCAUCGAGAUCCACGCCCAGUUGAACACGGCGCGCAAACUAUUCUCUCCUGCUGUCACCUCUUUCAACGAUGAGCCUAACAGUCAUGUGGCCCUUUUCGACCUUUCAAUGCCAGGGAGUCAGCCGUUGUUCCAGAAGGAGACUUUGAUUCCCGCUCUGCGUGCCGCCCUCGCCCUAAACUGUGACAUCCAGAAGCUCAGCCGGUUUGACAGGAAACACUAUUUCUGGUGGGAUCAGCCGUCCGGAUACCAGAUCACUCAAUACUACGAGCCCUUUGCCAGGAAUGGUCAUAUCACCCUCCUCGCUAGAGACGGGAUUUCGCCUCAGGAUGGCGAGAGCGUCACUAUCGGAAUCAAGCAGGUUCAGCUUGAACAGGAUACGGCCAAGACCCUUGCACAAGCAGACAAGGUCAACUGGCUGGACUUUAACCGUGUCGGCGUUCCGCUCAUUGAGAUUAUCACAGAGCCGGAGAUGCACCAUCCUCGAACUGCUGCUGUUCUUGUUCGCAAGAUCCAGAUGCUGCUCAACACUGUUGACGCUUGUGUCUCAGGCAUGGAAACUGGAGGUCUGCGAGCAGAUGUCAAUGUAUCUGUGCGCAGGACAGACGGAUCUAACCCCUCUCUCGGCACAAGAACUGAGAUCAAGAACCUGAGCACGAUCAAGGCGGUCGAAGAUGCCAUCAUUGCUGAGCGGGACCGUCAAAUCAGUGAGUUGGAAGCCGGACGGGCUAUUCCUAGCGAAACCCGCGGCUGGACUCUCGGUUCCAACGAAACCCGACGACUGCGAGGAAAAGAAGGCGAGGUGGACUACCGCUAUAUGCCUGACCCUGAUAUUGCGCCUCUGGUCAUCGGAGACGACCUUGUGGACCAUUUGCGACGGUCGCUGGCUGUUUCGCCUGAUUCAGAGCUGGACACGCUGAUCGCGCGGUACGGCCUUACUGCGAAGGAUGCGCUAUCCUUGAUCAACCUGGAGAACGGCUCUCGUGUUCAGUACUUCUACAAGGUCCUUAAAUCAGUCGAAGAGAAGCUCGCGGCUGAGUUGACGGAGGAAGAAAUGCCAGAAUUCAAGAGCUAUUCUACUCUUGUUGGCAACUGGAUCAUUCAUGAACUUGGCCGUCUUACGACAUUCAAGGCCGGGCCACUUGCAGCAAGAGAUCUUUCCUUCACACCCGAAGGUGAUUGCUUGCAAGUUCCGGAUGCAGAUCUUGCCCAGCUUUUGUAUCAUCUGGUGCGCAAGCAGAUUACUGGCAAGGUGGCAAAGGAGCUUCUCUUUGCAAUUUACCUCAAUGAGAUUGAAGGCGGAAUCACUCAGGCUAUUGAGGAUAAUGACCUCUGGUUCAAGGAGAUCCCCGAGGAGGAAUAUGAGAAAUUGGCAGAUGAGGUUAUGGAGGGAGAGGACAAGGUCUUGCAGGAGUUUGUCGACUACAAGCAGUUUCCACAGGGCAAGCUCAUGUAUCUUGUUGGCAAGAUGAUGCGUCUGGGGCCAACAGAGCGAAUCGUCCCAGCAAAUGCUGAGAGGGUGAUGAGGGCAAAGGUCGAGAAGCUACGGAGUGAGUGA